AUGACAGAAGAAAUUGAGCAGCAAUUGAAAGACGCGGAAAAAAUGCUAAAGGAAGCAGAGACUAAGCUAGAGGACAUUGAGAAUAUAUUGUGCGCUAACCUGGCUAAGAAUACGGAGAAUGCCUUGAAUGUUUUACAAGAACGGUUAAGCUUUCGGUGGGGACUAGUAACAACACAUUUAGAAAAACUACAGAAGUUAGAAAAGAAUUCUGUGCGAGUACGCAUUUUAACAGCUGAGAAACAGUCUAAUGAAGACAAGACUAGUAUUACGCAUAUGCAAGUAGAGGAGUCAAGUGCAUCAAAUGAGUCAAGUGACGAAGAAUCCGAGAGUGAGGGGAAGACUGCAAUAUCUAAACCCAUAAAAACACAGUCAAGCGAAUCUAGUGAUGAAGAGUCUGAAGAUGAAGAGAAAGAUACGUCGAAAGAGAUACACAUCAAUGGACAGAAUAAGAAGGACAACACGGAUAAUGACGUAAUCGAUACAUUUUCCUCGCCUCACACGCCCACUGUCAAAGAAAAUGGAUCUGUCUAUACCACCCCAACAAAACGGAAUAUGGACAAUUGCGCAACUCCAUCGACGAUCGGCAAGAGUGAUUAUGAAAAUGAUACAUGGAGAAACCAAAAGAAAGUCAGACUGGAGGAUCAAAUAAGCGAGUAUGGCCAGCGCGCGUAUCGUGACCUAUAUACGAAACGCG